CAAGUUUAAGUAUGGAUAUGACUUUUGCUUUAGAAUUUAUAAACAAACAAGGGCUGGCUCUCAUUAUAAAUUUGAUAGAAAAAGGAAAAUGUAAAGGCGAGUUAUUGGCACACACCCUUUUAUCAUUUGUUGAAUUAAUGGAUCAUGGAAUUGUUUCAUGGGACAUUCUUGAACUUCCAUUCAUCAAUACUGUUGCAAGCUACGUGAACAAUCAAUCUUCCCCUCAAGAUAGCAAGGUAGUACAAGCAUCUCUUUCUAUUCUUGAAAGCAUAGUGUUAAAUAGCACUGGAAAGUACACACAAGUUGAAAAAGAAAUUGGAUUUCAAAAUUUGAUUAUGCAUCUUCAAACUCAGAAUCCAGUCAUACAGCAGAAUGGAAUAGCAUUGAUAAAUGCCUUGUUUCAAAAAGCUGAUCAGCCUAAACGAAAAUCAAUUGCUUCAGCUCUCUGUUCAAAACAAGUCCGGAAUAUCAUCACAAGCAACUUGAUACAAUCACGUUCAGGACAGGUUGGAACGGAAAUGGCUCAUCAGCUAUAUGUUUUACAAACGCUAAUUUUUGGCCUUCUGGAACAAAGGAUGAAUACUAAAAUGGAUUCGCAGGAUCAAGAUGCUCACGAUAAGAUAAAGGAGCUGCGUAAGAUAGCCUUCGAUGUGGACAUAACAAAUGCGACUGACUCGACUGUACGCAGACAAAUGGGAGUUUUCGCCAAAGAUUAUAAGAAAUUGGGCUUCAAAUAUGACAUCAACCCAGCCCUGGACUUCACUGAGACCCCUCCCGGCAUGCUUGCUUUGGACUGCAUGGUUUAUUUUGCAAGAAAUCAUACUGAGAGCUACACUAAGGUUGUUUUGGAGAACUCAUGUAGAGCGGACGAACACGAAUGUCCAUUUGGUCGAACUAGUGUCGAGUUGGUGAAGCUGCUCUGCGAGGUUCUUAGGAUAGGAGAAGCGCCUAGCGAACAAGGGCAAACAUAUUAUCCCAUGUUCUUUACACAUGAUCAUCCAUUCGAAGAUUUUUCUGUAUUUGUAUUGUUCUCUUGAACAAAACCUGGAAAG